AUGGAAGAAGGAAAAGCAAAUCCUAAGACUAUGAUCAUUCCAACUACUGAGGAUAUAGUGGAAGAGAUUGUUUCUAGAGAUGAGUACAACAACGAACAAGUUUGUCGUUCUUCCUCUACUUGUUACACUUUUCCUGACCCAAUCAACGAGUCAAACCACGGAAUUAUUCAAGUCUUGGGAUCUUGUGAAGGAUUGGUGUUGAUCAGCUUCUACGAUUUUAGCUAUAUCUGCAUAAUCAAUCCCACGACGAGGGAGCAUCGGACACUUUCUCCUUCAUUGUUGCAAUUGCGCACAAAUCAACCAGGGACGUGGUAG